GCUUAUGCUUUGUAUAUAUAGGAACUGUUAUUGUACUUAUAUACGCUUUGGUUAUUGUGAGGUUAUGUUGAAAGUAUACUCGUGCAGUCAUCAUACCUUAUAUAUAUAUGCCUUAUAUACUAUUUGGCAGUCAUGCUAAAAAUAAUUACAAAACGUUAAACACAAUUUUAUUUAGAUAGUACAAUAUGGGAAAGAAAAGAAAUAAAAAUAACGAACACAAGAAAAAAAUUACUUUAGUUUUUGACGAAUCUAAAAGAAAGGACUUUUUAUGUGGAUUUCGCAAAAGAAAACUUGAAAGGAAGAAAAAAGCACAGGAAGAGCUACAAAGAAUGUUAAAAGAGGAAAAGCGACGUAUAAAACAAGAGAAUAAAGAAUCGUACAAAAAGCUUGUUGUAUCUAGUCGUCCAAUACCUGAUAUUGAACAGUUACUUCAAGAAGAAUACGAGGAUGAAGAUGUCAAUGUGAAAAUUGUGGAACUCUCAUCAGAUACACUCCAAAAGAAAGACAUUGUCAUAGGAGAGAACAGGCCGAAAGAAAAAGUUGAUAAAAAGGAAAAAAAAAUAAUGGAAAAGGACCAUAGUAAAGAAAUACCAGGAAUGACUUCAUUGGAACAAGAUGAAGUAGAGGAACCAGAAUUGCAAGAUAAAGAUAAAGGUGAAAAUUUAAAGUCUAAAAAAGAUGUCAAAAAGAUAUUAAAGAAACAGGCUACAAAGAAAUUACAGAAAAGUAAAGUUUUUCAAAUGAAAACUAAGUUAGAUAGAAUACAAAAUAAAAAACUUCAUAAAAAGAAAGAAAAAACAGAACAGAGAAAAGAAAAAUCAAGAAAAAAGAAUCAAACUUAUAAUAUGCCGCGAAAAAAUAUACCUUCAGUACCAUCCGUCGAUAAUGAAGCAGCUACGAAAGAUUCUAAACAAAACACAUCAAUAAAGGCUGAAAAUGCCAAAAAUGUUGAAUCUAAACCUAUUAUUGAUAUAAAUAAAUUUAAAUUUGAGAAAAAACCUCGAGUUAAAAUUGAGUUUGAAAAUGAUUCGCCUACCAAAGAGGAACAAAAAGGAUUAUGGGAGCCUGCUAAUUGGAAAGAGUUCUUAGUAAAUUUAAAGACAAUGCGGGCUAAUAAUGAUGCUCCAGUGGACUCAAUGGGUUGUCAUAUGUGCUUAGAUGAAGAAGCGCCGCCUAAAGUUUUAAGAUACCAAAGUUUAAUAUCCUUGAUGUUGUCAAGUCAAACAAAAGAUCAAGUCACAUUUGCUGCAAUGGAACGUCUACGCAACAGGGGACUCACAGUUGAUAAUGUACUGGCCAUGAGUAAUGAGGAAUUAGGGCAACUUAUUUACCCUGUUGGGUUUUGGAAGACUAAAGUGAAGUAUAUAAAAGAUACAACACAAACUUUAAAAGAACAAUAUGAUGGUGACAUACCAGACUCAGUUGAGAAACUUUGUAAGUUGAGAGGUGUGGGUCCAAAAAUGGCACAUAUUUGUAUGAAGGUUGCAUGGAAUAAAGUUACAGGAAUUGGGGUAGACACACAUGUCCACCGAAUAAGUAAUAGAAUAGGUUGGGUAAAGAAACCGACUGCUACCCCUGAAGAUACCCGCAAAUCAUUGCAGACAUGGCUGCCUUUUGACUUGUGGAGUGAUGUCAACCAUUUAUUGGUUGGGUUUGGACAAACAAUCUGUUUACCUGUAGGACCAAUGUGUCACGAAUGCUUAAACAGGGACAUUUGUCCUUCAAGUGAUAAAGGUAGAAAGUCUCCAAGUAAAAAAUCACCUAACAAGAAAUCACCAAUCAAAAAAUCUCCAACGUUAAAAGAAAUUAAGGAAGAAAAGUUAAAUGAUAAUUUGGACAUAAAAAUAAAAACUGAACCCGAUUCUAAUGAAAAUACAGUUUCUAAAAUUGCAUUAUCUGUUGCUGAUAAUGAGUUAUCAAGUAAUAAUAGUAAAAGUGUUUUAAAAAGAAAAUCACCAAGAGUAGCAACUCAAAAAAUUAAAUCAAAGAAGCGUUAGGAAGAAAAUGGUUUCAAAACACCUGAAAAUCCUUACUUUAAGAAAUUUGCUUUUGUAAGUCCUUAUUAUUAAUUUGUCAAGGAGUCAUACACAAAUAAAAGUACGAAAUUAAUAACAUAA